AUGAUGUGCGAAGUGAUGCCAACGAUCAACGAGGACACCCCCAUGAGUCAAAGGGGGUCCCAGAGUAGUGGGUCAGACUCAGAUUCCCACUUCGAGCAACUUAUGGUGAACAUGCUGGAUGAAAGGGAUCGUCUCCUUGAUACGCUUCGGGAGACACAGGAAAGUUUGUCUCUUGCACAGCAACGCCUCCAGGAUGUCAUCUAUGAUAGAGAUUCUCUUCAGCGACAACUCAACUCUGCACUACCACAGAGGACACAAUCAUUGACUGGGGGCCUGAAAGGCACCAGGACUCUGGGAACCUCCCCUCCUGAAUUUGCUGCUCUUACAAAAGAACUAAAUGCAUGCAGGGAACAACUACUAGAAAAGGAAGAAGAAAUUUCAGAACUGAAAGCUGAAAGGAAUAACACCAGACUGUUACUGGAACAUUUGGAGUGCCUUGUUUCGAGACAUGAAAGGUCAUUGAGAAUGACAGUGGUGAAACGCCAAGCACAGUCUCCCUCAGGAGUUUCCAGCGAAGUUGAGGUUCUGAAAGCAUUGAAAUCUUUGUUUGAACACCACAAAGCUUUGGAUGAAAAGGUAAGGGAACGACUGAGGGUUUCUCUAGAAAGAGUCUCUGCACUUGAGGAUGAACUAGCUGCUGCUAAUCAGGAGAUCAUAGCUUUGCGUGAGCAAAAUGCACACAUUCAAAGGAAAAUGGCAUCAGGAGAGAGUCCUCCUGACUCAGAACAUAUCAAAGGAAUGGAGUCAGGACAAAAGAUUCAUGAAAAGCGUCUGUCAAAUGGCUCUAUAGAUUCAAAUGAUGACACCAGUCAAUUGGUGGAACUACAGGAGCUUCUGGAAAAGCAGAAUUAUGAAAUGGGGCAGAUGAAGGAACGCUUGGCAGCAUUAUCUUCCAGAGUUGGGGAAGUAGAGCAAGAUGCAGAGACAGCUAGGAAGGAACUCAUUAAAACUGAAGAAAUGAACAGCAAAUAUCAGAGGGACAUUAGAGAGGCUAUGGCACAGAAAGAAGACAUGGAAGAAAGAAUUGCCACUCUUGAGAAGCGUUACCUAAGCGCACAGAGGGAAUCUACUUCCAUCCAUGACAUGAAUGACAAGCUAGAAAACGAACUUGCAAACAAGGAGGCACUCCUGCGUCAGAUGGAAGAAAAAAACAGACAGCUUCAAGAACGUCUUGAAUUAGCUGAGCAGAAACUACAGCAAACAAUGCGGAAAGCAGAGACAUUGCCUGAAGUGGAAGCUGAAUUGGCUCAAAGAAUUGCAGCACUGACAAAGGCUGAAGAAAGACACGGCAACAUUGAGGAACGCAUGAGACACUUGGAAACUCAGCUGGAAGAAAAAAAUCAGGAGCUUCAAAGAGCCAGACAAAGAGAGAAAAUGAAUGAAGAACACAAUAAACGGUUAUCAGAUACUGUGGACAGGCUUUUGACAGAAUCUAAUGAACGCCUGCAGCUACACUUAAAAGAGAGAAUGGCAGCCCUGGAAGAAAAGAAUGUUUUAAUACAAGAAUCUGAAAGUUUUAGAAAAAACUUGGAAGAAUCUUUACAUGACAAGGAAAGAUUGGCAGAAGAAAUAGACAAGCUAAGAGCAGAACUUGAUCAACUGAAAAUAAGAGCAGGUUCUUUGAUUGAUCCCACAUUGUCAAGGCCACAUCUUGAUUCAUCAGCAGAACUUAGGUACUCAGUGGGCUCAAUCAUUGAUAGUCAACCAGAUUAUAGAUCUACAAAAGUGAUAAGAAGACCUAGAAGAGGUCGUAUGGGAAUCCGGAGAGAUGAACCAAAGGUGAAAUCCCUUGGAGAUCAUGAGUGGAACAGAAGUCAGCCAAUUGCAGUUCUGAGCAGCCAUCCAUUUGAGAGUGACACUGAAAUGUCUGAUAUUGAUGAUGAUGAUAGAGAUACCAUUUUUAGUUCAAUGGAUCUUCUGUCUCCAAGUGGGCAUUCUGAUGCUCAGACCCUUGCUAUGAUGCUUCAGGAGCAACUAGAUGCAAUCAACAAAGAAAUCAGGUUAAUCCAAGAGGAAAAAGAGUCAACAGAAUUACGUGCCGAAGAAAUAGAAAAUAGAGUAGCCAGUGUGAGUCUAGAAGGCUUAAAUCUGGCCAGGGUGCAUCCUGGUACAUCUAUUACCGGCUCAAUUACAGCUUCCUCCCUUGCAAGCUCUUCACCUCCCAGCGGACACUCAACCCCUAAACUCACUCCCCGCAGCCCAGCCAGGGAAAUGGACAGGAUGGGUGUUAUGACACUGCCAAGUGAUCUCAGGAAGCAUCGGAGAAAGAUUGCAGUAGUUGAAGAAGAUGGACAUGAAGACAAAGCCACAAUAAAAUGUGAAACCUCCCCCCCUCCCACACCUAGAGCCAUUAGAAUGACCCAUACUCUACCUUCUUCAUACCACAAUGAUGCCAGAAGUAGUUUGCCUGCUUCCUUGGAGCCAGAAAGCAUUGGUUUUGGCAGUGUCAGUAGCAGCCAGGAUUCUCUGCACAAAGCUCCCAAGAAGAAAGGAAUCAAGUCUUCAAUAGGACGUUUGUUCGGUAAAAAAGAGAAGGCUCGACUUGGACAGCUCAGAGGCUACAUAGAAACAGAAGCUGCAGUGCAGGAUUCUCUGGGACUGAGUAAACUUGGAACACAGGCAGAGAAAGACCGAAGACUAAAGAAAAAGCAUGAACUUCUGGAAGAAGCUCGGAGGAAGGGGUUACCUUUUGCACAGUGGGAUGGACCUACAGUGGUUGCAUGGCUAGAGUUAUGGCUGGGGAUGCCUGCAUGGUACGUUGCUGCUUGUCGUGCAAAUGUGAAAAGCGGUGCCAUUAUGUCUGCCUUGUCUGAUACGGAGAUUCAGAGAGAAAUUGGAAUUAGCAACCCUCUCCAUCGUCUAAAGCUUCGUCUGGCAAUCCAGGAAAUGGUCUCUCUCACAAGUCCAUCAGCCCCUCCAACAUCUAGAACACCCUCAGGCAAUGUUUGGGUUACCCAUGAAGAAAUGGAAAAUCUUGCAGCUCCAGCCAAAACGAAAGAGAAUGAAGAAGGAAGUUGGGCUCAGACUCUAGCAUAUGGUGACAUGAACCAUGAAUGGAUUGGUAAUGAAUGGCUUCCAAGUCUGGGAUUACCACAGUAUCGAAGUUACUUCAUGGAGUGCCUGGUAGAUGCAAGGAUGUUAGAUCACCUCACAAAAAAAGAUCUCCGUGUACACUUAAAAAUGGUGGAUAGCUUUCAUCGUACCAGUUUACAGUAUGGAAUUAUGUGUUUAAAGAAACUGAAUUAUGACAGGAAAGAACUAGAAAGGAGAAGAGAAGCAAGUCAACACGAAAUAAAAGAUGUGCUGGUGUGGAGUAAUGACAGAGUCAUACGUUGGAUACAAGCAAUUGGAUUACGAGAAUAUGCAAACAAUGUUUUAGAAAGUGGUGUGCAUGGAUCACUCAUAGCCCUGGAUGAUAACUUUGAUUAUGGAAGUUUAGCUUUAUUGUUGCAGAUUCCAACACAGAAUACACAGGCACGGCAAAUCCUGGAGAGAGAAUACAACAAUCUAUUGGCACUAGGAACAGACAGGCGACUUGAUGAAGCUGAUGAUAAGAAUUUCAGGCGUGGCUCUUCCUGGCGAAGACAGUUUCCUCCACGUGAAGUCCACGGAAUCAGCAUGAUGCCUGGCUCUUCAGAAACUCUGCCAGCUGGGUUCAGGUUAACUACAACUUCAGGGCAGUCACGAAAAAUGGCAACUGAUGUUGCUUCAGCACGGUUGCAGAGGUUAGACAGUUCUACGGUUCGCACAUAUUCAUGCUGACAAGGCUAGCUAAGAAACAAGAGCAGCAUUUGAGCUGAUGUGAGUAUUCAGAGAUAAAAAUGGAAAGACUGUUUUACUUAUGAGAAAAAGAAUAUUCAAGAAAAUAACCAUAGUGGGCUAGGCUUCUCAUGAGGACCUCACAAAGUGGCAGCUUUUAGACCUUGUUCUCACUGAAGUGGUAAACUGGUGUCUGGGAUGUACCACUGCAGAUGGGGGCUUAUAUGAUUUAAUAUUUUUCCAUACCAAAAAAAAUCCCUGAUCAGGCAGAUUGGAGGAGAGAUCAAGGCAUUAGAAGCUAUGUGAGGAAGCAAGCCUUCCUGGGAAGCUGUGGAGCAGCAGAACCAAGGCACAACUCCC